AGAGCGGCGCAAUUGGAUUUGUUGGUAAGGGGGACGUUACGUGCUCCAUUGGCAGAGUGUAUCCGAACACCGGCAUUUAACUCUCUCAAGGUGAUUACAUUUUCCGAAGUCCAACCACUAUCCCUUGGACGGUCCGAAGCAGUAAAAUCCGUGACCAGGCACACCGAGUCCGGAUCAGUACCCCGCUAGCUACUCGAGUAUUCUUCCAAGCUACCAACCGAGACGUUUCGAUGUCCAAGUGGUUCAGCGCCUUGGCAACCACUAAUUGCCAACGAAUCACGAUACUCGAAUGCCCCCAAAACAGGAUUAGCUUUCCCGGUGGAAUUUUACAGUCCUAGCAGCCCAAGGGUUACCGGCACUUGUAUCAUAACGAGCCUCGUCGAGCGCAGUACUGUACAGUACGAGUGCUAUAAGUACCGUACUUGCAAAACCUCGUGGAAUCCACUACUUGUACCUCCGCCGCUCUAGAAGGAUCGGGGUUCCCCUGAUAUAGUAAAGUAUCUGCUGGUUAGGCGUGUUGGAUCUUGCUAACCGGUAUUCGCAAUUCCUAACCUGCCAAACUAAACCUACAGCGGGAUGAUGGGCGGUCGGAGGUGGUGGAUUUCACGGAAUUAUAGGGUAUCAUACUCGUACGGUACUUGCACAGCCGGUAGAUCCACGGAGGAAGCAGAAGAAGACAUCGGAACAAGCCCGACAGACUGGGUAAGGCAAUGAAAGAUGAAGCUAGAGCUUUCCUCACAUGAUCUGAGACGAACAAGCCCUGGAUUGAUUCCAGUUCCCUGAUAAGGUGACGAAUACAUCCUAACCCCCCCCUUCGAAGCCGAUCCCUAAUUUUGCUUUAUUUUUAUAUUUUCCCCGGUGAGAGUCCCGGGAGGGCGAACAAGUUCUCUCGUCAUAUGUCAGAUCAUACUGGAUUCGGGUCUUUGCACAUUGUGACAUGAGCGCAGUGCUGGACGCUGACUACCGGUAGCUACUGCAGCCAAGGAGGUACCCUACGGCAACAGACCAAGGCGGUAAGAGUCUGGAGAGGGCUACUCCUUACAGUAUGGUGGGCGGGCGGGAAAUGCAGACGCGCGUCGUGGUGUUGUAUUCGAUUCCCUGAAUGGAGGGGGGGAACAGAUUUAGCUGAUGCAACCGUUUUGGCCCAGGCAGUGCUCGAGUACUCGAGUAUAGUGAUAAUGAUGCUAGGUUAGAAGUUUUGUAAUAUCGGCUUGGAACCAAUUGCUCCCCGAACAACCGAUCCAUGGGUAGCUUUCUGAGCUGGAGAAGAUUGGGUUUCAUCGCCCGUUCCGUGCGGUGAUUCCUGCAGAGCCAAUUUGCCCAGCCUCCCUCCUAAGAAGCACGAAGAGGGCCAGGACGAGUUUGACAGUCCGUAGAGAUAUUGGUGCGGUGCUUGAGCGUACCUCCUCUGAUACCAGUAUGGAUGGGUAGACCUCUCCCCAUUAGCUGGCGCCGUCCUCUGGCUAUUCUAGCAGGGGACAGCCGUCCGUCUUUUUUCGCAUUUCGUACUCGAGUAGUACGAGCAGAGCGCUUCGGCUUCCGCUCGCUCGCUCUGGUUUCGAGGGGGGCACGGUAAAGAGCCCAAAGACCUUCUCCUCCUCUUCCUUAUUAUAUAGACACUCCAUUUCCAAACCUACUCGUAGAACCGGAAAAGGAGGAAGGAACUAGACAGAAGCGCAACAGAACCCCACCCAAGUUACAACCCCAUUACACCCGACUCGAGUACUAUAUUGCAGACAACACCGCGCCCGCCCUACCAUUACGACCACUUUGCCGUAGGGUGCCGUAUUACGAGGGCAAAGUCGGGGUAGCACAGUAUCAUACUUGGAUGCAUGGUACGAGCACAAUACCGCGGCACGCGCUAAUUAGACCCCAUCCCAUAAGUUCACACAAGCCCCCGCACUCAUCCUCCGCCCAGUAAUUUGCAACUCUGGCUCUCUUCCUUCCCGCAGCUGUAAUGGUUCCAGAACCCCUCUGGCAGUGUCCGGACGCAGGCUCCCGAAUCUCUGCGCGAUUCUUCACUCGUAGACUAUCCCUGCGCAUCCUCAGUUUACUCUCGAUUUGCGUGGUGCUUUACAAUGUUGCAUACAGCACCGAGCUGCGGAGACGACUGGAGAAGGUUCAGGCACUGGGGGUUGCGGGUCAGCCUCGCUAUCGGACGGAUACAACUGAACCGGAGGAUGACCCCUCGAGCGCGACUCGUUACGACACCACCACUGGGCAGAAUGGAACGGAGAAGGCGACGUUGGUGAUGCUCGUGAGGAACAGUGAGCUUGACGGGGCCUUGUCUUCCAUUAGGAUGGUUGAGGAUAGGUUUAAUAGACGAUUCCACUACCCAUGGACUUUCCUCAAUGACAGGCCCUUCACCGACGACGUAAGUGAAGGCUCUCGCUCGCUCACAAUUGGCCUGGUUUCUGAUCUCACGAUAGUUCAUCAAGUACACAUCCGGGCUCGCCAGUGGCCCGGUUGAAUACGCGGUUGUCCCAGAGGAUGAUUGGUCGGUCCCGGAUCAUGUCAACAAAACAGUUAUGGCAGCAGAAAUGGUGCGGAUGGCAGAAGAAGAGAUCAUCUACGGUGGUUCCUUAUCUUAUCGGUAUGUCCCAAAUCAAGCUUUUCCCCCUCCCGCACCGGCUGCAGCUAACGAUUCCGGGACGCUCAGACACAUGUGCCGAUUUAACUCGGGAUUCUUUUACAAUCAAGAGGUUAUGAGGAAGUAUGAUUGGUACUGGCGUGUUGAGCCCGGAAUCGAGCUCUACUGCGACAUCGAUUAGUGAGUGGAAUUUCUCCCAACUUCCUAAGCGGCAAAGCUCCCGCUAUUAAACAACCCAACUAAUAAUUUAUUCGCAGCGACCCGUUCACUUUCAUGCGGGAGAACAAGAAAAUAUACGGCUUCGUGAUUAGCAUGUACGAGUUCAAGGACACCAUCACGACACUUUGGGACAGAACGAGACAAUUCGUGGCGGAAAACAGUCAAUUCCUCCACGCAAACAACUCCCUGGACUUCCUUGUCGACGGAGCGCAACCGUCAAAACCCGGUGACAAGCAUCUCGGAAACGGGAAUUACAAUCUCUGUCACUUUUGGAGCAAUUUCGAGAUUGCUUCCUUAGAAUUUUAUCGUAGUGAGGCUUAUUCUAGAUAUUUUGAGUUCUUGGAUAGCACGGGAGGCUUCUUUUACGAGCGAUGGGGCGAUGCCCCUGUUCACUCUAUUGGGUUUGUCUAACCCCCCUCCGCCUAUCCUGUCCUGUGAUAUCCCUCCGUCUGACAGGGUGAUUCCAGGGUUGGAUUAUUCGCCCCUAAGGACUCAAUUCACCAUUUCGCGGACUUUGGUUACUCACAUGCACCCUGCUCCCGCUGUCCGCAGGACGAUGAGUCGCACGCUAGCGGACGAUGCUUGUGCAAUCGAAGUAAACACUUCGAUUCAGAUAGCUACUCAUGUCUUCCGCGAUGGUGGAGAGUAUCUGGGAUAAACAAGGGUACGGAAAGGAUUUUUUUUUGAUUUUUUUGAUCCCUCCUCCCCCCCUCUAUCUCUUAUUUCUUUCUCUUUUCCUAUAGAAUUUUUCCACAUUUGGUCAUACAUUUCAUAGACUUCAGGAAUUGGGUGCAUUUGUGAGCUUUUGUAUGGAAAAUUUAUCAUAUAGACAGCUAGACCCGUGAUAAUUUCCUCAUGAUAACCCCCCCUUCCAAUAAUUCCAUCCCGUCUACAAGAAGAGGAAGAAACGCUAACCCGAGACAGGUGCCCAGCGCCCAAUGAACUCCUAAAACAUACCGAUGCAUGAUAACGACCAGUUUAUUUUACGAACCUAGAAUACCAGUGCUUAAUACCGUACAAUACUAUAGCAUACACGCUCUACCUGUACACCCGCCGAACUACAUCGCAUCGCCGCCAGCCACCCACAAACACAUACAACCUCCGUCACCGCUACGCAUACACCAACGAAAACUUCCGCAUUACCGCACCACACCAUACCCCGCCAUUCAAGCAGAUAGAGGCAGGCAUACAGGCAGGCAGUACUCCAAGAGCCAUCAGGGGAUGUAAAUAUUUAGUAGCAACCUUAUCAUAAUGCCAUUCCGUACCUACU